GCCCCCACCACUGCGUCUUUAUGAGGCGAAGAAGGGGGAGCCAAAACAAGCUUGAAGUUUAAAAAGUAACACUGUCCAAAGUCCAAACAGCAGACCUUUGGCUCGGGAAGUCAACAUGGCGCCGGGUUGUUGAAAUCCACAUAGCUAUCCACAUGUCUCCGCUUCAGCUGUCCGUCUUCUGGCGUUUGUCGCUUGCCUUCUUCUUCAACGCAUUCCUCUUCUUCCUCGACAUUUUCAUUGCCACUUUGGAUGGGGAGAACUGUCAGCACGGCAAUGGCACAAGCAACUCUGGAACCAACCCGCAAAACCAAUCAGAGCGCAAGGAACUUUUGGAAGAGGAAUUUGUUUGGAUGACUAAAAUCUACAGCCGAGACUCAGUGUGUGGCCAGACUCCAUGGUUGUCCCACGGCCGAAUCGUCUUCAUGGUGGGUAUGCUGCUUGGAUCGCUGGUGGGCGGAGCACUGUCUGACAGGUACGGGAAGCGUCCAGUGUUGCUGUUUUGCGUGUGUGUGCAGCCUCUGUGUGGCCUUGUGCCAGCUGUUUUCCCUCAGCCAACCCUGUUCCUCGCUGUUCGUUGCUUGACAGGCGUGUGCUGCUGCUGUAUCAACAAUUGCUCCGUCUCUCUGGCUGUGGAGUGGACCGCCCCCUCCGCCCGCCUCUGGUCCCCCGUCUUUUUGGGCUUCUGCUUCAGUCUCGGGACAAUGGCCGGAGCUCUGUUGGCCUGGCUUAGUCCCACUUGGACACAGCUUCACCUGUCUCUCGCGCUGCCCCAUUUCAUCUGCCUGCCGCUCUUCCGGUCUGUCCUCGCCUGCCCGUGUUUCACUUCCGGAGUCUCCGCGCUGGUUGGUGCUAAUGGGGAGGACGGAUGUUCUGUACCGCUACUGUCGUGGAAGUGCUGCCAACAAGCAAUUCUGGGCGUAGACUUGCUUGAGAAGCAGAGCGCCGCUCAGACAGCCCAAUCUCCAAGUGACCUCCUGCCCUUCAAACAUCCAACUGUCUUGCUGCGUCUGUCAAUCAUGGGCUAUCUAGGGGCUGCGACUGCGCUGACUUACUAUGGCAUCUGUAUGAACAUUGGCUCCUUCGGCGUGAACAUCUACUCGGCCCAGUUCUUCUCCGGACUUUCAGAGGCUCCCUCUCUGCUCAUCCCGCUGGUUCGCCUAGAUCGGCGUCCCUUCAGCAUGUUGACUCUGUGCCUGAGCGGAAGUGCCUGCUUAGUGUCUUUGCUGCUGUCCAGAUACCAAUGUGACGCAAUGCUCGUGAUGAGUUUGGCACUGCUGGGCAAAUUCAGCAUCCUAGCCACAAUCUACAUCUUGUCUCUGUACAGCAUUGAGCUGUUUCCCACAGUGGUCAGGCAGCGUUGCAUGGCGGUGGUUGAUUUGUGUUACCGCCUCGGCUGUCUGUUUAGCACUCUGUUCCCACCCAACCCCGAAGGAGCCAUCCCACUGGUCGCCAUGCUCAUCUACAGCAGCGGGCCUAUCAUAGGCUGCGGAUUGUGUCGACUGCUUCCCGAGACUAGCGGCACCCUGCUCCCUGACUCUCUGGACGACUGUCUCAGGCCAACUCAACACUCCCACGAAUCAAGAAUUCACACGUUAAGAUCAUCUUGUCCGUUUCUUAUCAGGGGAAAAGUUACUGCUUUUGGGAAGAAGUUAGAGCCGUUGGAAAAGAAGCUGCAAACCCAGAUGGCUGUCGUUGGCGCAACAGAGUGAAGGCAAACGCACAACAUCUCUCAGGCAGCGUGAAACAGCUGUGUUUCCUUUUUCAUGAGCCACUUUUAUCUGUACUGCGCUAAUUUGUCUUGCAACAUUAUUUUAUUUGGUUAUAAACCAACACACAUGGCUGGUGAAUAGUCGUAUUUGUCACAGCGUUAAAGGGAUACAAAUCAUCA